AUGAAGCCAAGAACAAGUAGGUGCAAUAAAAUGAGGAUAUUCAUCUCUUUUGAAGGAACUUAUGAACCUUUUGAUGUCUGGAGGGACGACACAGUAGAAACUGUAAAGCUGAUGAUAAAAAAUCACUUCCAUAUUCCUUUAACUGAGGACAAACAAGGAAAGAGCUACCUACAACUGAUGUAUGCUGGAGCUGAGUUAAACGACAACUGGAAUCUUGCUGAUAUAGGAGUAUCAGCUGGUUCAAAUCUCAAGUGCUUGGUCAAGAAAGAAAAGAAUCCAAUCCUCCACAUCUUCAAUGCAGUAACCCAAGAAACAAUGCCAAUAAUGGGAAGCAUUUACCUUCUGGGUAAAAAAGUGGCCCAUCUGAAAACACUGAUAACACUAAGAUGUGGCUUUCCAGUGAGUAUCUUUUGUCUCCGGACUCCUCGAGGAAGGGAGAUGUAUGACUGUAACACACUGCUUGAUUACCAAACAGAUAUAGGAACAACACUUCGCCUAGAUGUAUGGGAUGAAUGGAAAGAAUUUCUGAUUGGUUGUCUUAAAGGACAAACGCGUACAGUCAAACGGUAUCUAUCAGAAGAGGAAUCAGUACUCAGGUACCAGAAGAGGGUAGCACUUUAUCUGGCUGCAUUUUAUGGCUAUGUUGAGCUCACAGAGUGGACCCUACGGCAAGGAGCAAAGCCUAAUGAAGCAGUUGGUGUACAUCCCUAUCGAGAAUGGUGUCAUGAAAGUCAUCACCCAGAUAUUAUUAAAUGCCCCAUUCAUGCGGCUGCAGAAACAGGUCAAUUAUUGAUACUUAAGGCCUUCAUCAAUUACAAUGUCAUGUGCCUGGUCUGUAAAAAUGCGGUGGGACAAAUCCCACUGACGAUUGCCCUCAAAAACAGGCAUAAAGACUGUGUGUUAUACUUGGUGUCAAAGAUGUGGUCCACGAUUUCUUAUUCUAAAAUUUCAGUCCCCAUGAGGAUCUAUAUUAAAAUCAAACAAUGGCUUCUCAGAACUCAGCAUCGCAUCCUACAAAGAACAGGACAGAUUGGAACGCAAGCAUUCAGGACUCGAGUUGGAGAUUUUGUCAUGGUGGAUGGUUUUACCCAACCAAAAAUGACCUCUAAGGAAUGGAGUAAAUCUAGGAAAAAGGACAUAAAAAGCAAAGUUUCAAAAAGCAAAGUUUCCAAAUUGCCAAGUGUCCAUGAAAAAAUUCCAAUCAAGAAAACUGUGCAUCCUUCAACAGUUCCACAGCAGCAGAAAAGAAUAGAGAGUGUAAAACUGCCUCCAAUAGAACAAAUAAAGGAGUUCUCAAGUUUACAAGAAUUUCCCUCAAGCAAUCCAGAAAAAAAGAUAACUACAUAUAGGAAGAAGGGAAUUAUGACAAAAAAUCGAUAUUCAGACCAAAUUCCUCUUCCUUUACUUGCUCUGAAGAACUAUACACAUCCUCCCUUUUGCUAUAAAACUCCCAAAGCAGCUUGUUUCUUAAGUUCAUCCCUUCAAUCUUUCUUGGAACACAGUGGGAAGACUACAAGAGAGAAUGCAGUCCACUGCUUAGCUACGGCAAGUGCAUUUAAAGAAAAACCAUGGCUGCAGCAGUUAGAGAUUGCAAAAACCAUGGCAAAGAAGAGUAUUUAUAAUCUGACUACUGAAGACCUGACUUCAAAAGGAAGAUCCUCAGGAGGUUUUUCUUUGAGAAGUGAAAACCCCAACUCAAUGGCCGCAUACGGCAGAAGCAGGAAGCCAAGGUUCAGGAAAAGUGAGGCCUCCCAGCACUGGAGAUCAGGGGCGGGGCUGAGGCCUCGAAGCAAGCGGAACCACCACUCCGAGAGGACGCGGCGCAGCCGGAUCGGUCCGCGGUGGACUUGGCAGACGGAAGCGUUCCCAGACAAGCAGGCGCGCAUCCGCUGCCAGCUUCCGCCACUGCUACAGCCGGGAAUCAGCCCGUAA